AUGAAUCAGCCGCCGCCGCCCAACGCGCUGCGCGAGGCCAUCGAGUCUGGAUUUGGCAGGGUCGAGCGCAAGGUGGUUUACCCAGAACGUCGCCCAUCGACGGUCGUGGACAGCAACGGCUGCAUCAUACAGCGAGGCUUCUUGAUUCCUAACAGGAUGUCACACUCUCACUCCCAGACGGCACGACCGUCGGUGUCAACCUACAAACCAAUCAUGGGCUUUCCGCGCCCAACCGGAGCUCUCUUCGACUCAUGGGAAUUGAGGCAUAUCAGAGAGCACCAUCCUAGCUCGCUUUGCCGUCCCACCAAGAGUUCGGGCGAGCUCGAACGCGUCACCAAUCGUGACAAGAAGCCUGGGCUGGGCGAGAGGCGGCGAACAUGGCAAGGCGGUGCAGCAUGCAGCACAUGGACGGCAGAUGAACUUGCUGGAGUCACUUGCAAGCCAUCUCAAACUAACCUCAACCGCAAGCCACCAUCAGAAAUCCUCCACCUAGACCAGACUCGGCACAUGCGUCGCGCGCACACAGUGCAGGGCAAUCUUCACGCGCAUGGCGAUCAGCAGCCGAGAAAGGACAGCACAAUGCGACAAGUUCAAGCCCACGAGGGCAAGAAGAGUAUGACUCCUGCGAAAGAGGACAUCAAGCUCGUUUUGGUAGCCGAUGUUGAAGAUGCGAUCGCGUCCGACAGCGAAGACGACGAGGUCUCAAGCGAUGCUAGCUCCAAAUUCCGUCAACUGGCUCAGCAGAAGCGUUUGAGCUACGCCGAGCGUAGAUCCAGGCAGGAUGAACGAGCCGCAGAAGAAUCCGACCGUUGCGUGGCGGCGUACGACGCCAAACAAGAACAGGAAGUCCUCCAGCCCAUAAAGCUUAGGACAUCCGACCAUCAUGAGAGCGCCAUCGAGUCUGAUAGCGAAGAUGAAGACGACGGCAUCGCCAAUGCAUUGAAGACAGCAACACUGCUCCGCGCCCGCAAUCAAAUUGCCACGUCACAAGGAGCCGCUGAACGUGGACUCGGAACAGACGACGUCGAAGGAUCACACAAGGGAGGCGAACAUCGAGCAUCGCUCAGCGUGAAGAUCGCAUCAGAUCCAUCAAACAACCUCACCGUCCCAAACACCAAGAACAAAGGCGACGUGACACCUAGGGAGGUCAAGUCGUUCGAUGUUGGUGCACCUCUACCAUGCCGCAAGUUACGCCCAUCAGCAAGCCGACCGAAGCCCAACAAGGGUGUCCUGAAGAAGAGCGGGUCAUACUCGAGUUCAUCAUCCUCAAGCGAGGGCUCCUCGAAGCACGUGAAGACGGUUAAGCGCCCGGACUUCGCCGACAAAUGUAGAGACGCCUUCAUACCGGCUUUCACGGCACUGACCCAUAUUCAGACGUACUGGCAGGCGCCACGCACGCAGCAGCAGCAGCCGAGCAAGCAGAAGCAGAGCCGAGAGCCGUCGCAGCAGAGCGAGCGCAAGCAGAGCCAGUAG